AGCAUCAGAAACGCAGAGCGGAGGAAGUAUCGGAGAAGAGAGGAGCUGAGCCAUGGGAAAGCUUCAGGAAUUUGAAAUUACUUUUACCAACAACAAGGUAGUUUACGGUCCGGGAGAGUCCAUAAGCGGGACUGUGAAGAUACGAACCACCGAAUCGCUGCAUUUCAAAGCCAUCAAGGUGAACUGUCAUGGCUCAUGUGGGGUUUCCAACACAGCAAACAGCACAGCAUAUAAUGUGGAGGAGCAGUACCUAAACAGCACGCUGUCUGCCGCUGACAAAGGUGUCCUGGGAGUGGGCGAGCACAGUUUCCCUUUCCAGUUUGUCAUUCCAGCUGCUGUCCCAACUUCCUUUGAGGGACCCUUUGGGAAAAUAAUUUAUCGCGUGAAGGCGACUAUCGAUACGCCACGCUUCUCCAAGGACUACAAAACCCAGAAGCCCUUCUACAUACUCAACAUGCUCAACCUCAAUGAGGUUCCAAACAUUGAUUAUCACAGCUCCGUUGUGGCCACCAAGAAGUUCAGCUACCUCCUGGUGAAGUCGGGGACCGUGAUGCUGAAAGUUCGCAGUGACAUGAAGGGUUACAUCCCCGGUCAGAUCAUCAAGUUAUUCACUGAGAUCCACAACAAGUCCGGGAAGGACACAGGGUGUGUACUGGCCAGUCUUAUACAGAGCGUGACCUACAAGACUAACAAGCCUGUGGUUGACCUGCGGACCAUUGCAGAGGUGGAGGGAGCCAAAGUGAAGGCAGGAAAACAUGCAGAGUGGAAGGAGCAGAUCAUCGUUCCUCCUCUUCCUCAGUCAGAACUGGCAGGCUGCAGCCUUAUAGACAUCAUCUAUUUCAUUCAGGUGUCACUAAGAUAUCCAGAAGCCGCUGUCACUCUGCCUAUCUACAUCGGGAACAUCGCUUUGACCCAGUCUCCAUCGAGGUCCACGCCCACGAGUCCAGUGGGUGCAGCAGGGGUGACGCCCAGUGCCCCACCGGCAGAGGAGGAUCCAGACGAUGAAAUGUGUGCAGGGGGCUUUACCAGUGAGGAGCUUCCCACAAAGAGUCACUCGCAGCAGGAUCCCUCAGGCCAGGCGGUCAGCAUGUCCCCGAGCGCCUUCAGCUACGCACCAGGUGCGGCACCGCCUCCCAGCCACAAUCGCCCCGACGUGUCUGCUCCACUCUUCUGUUUGUCCACUGGAGCCACCAUACCUUUCUUCACCGAGGGAAAUGUUGCUCCAACCCCCACUUCCUGUUCACUCAUUCUGCCUCCAGAGUACAGCACUUCUGACUACCCUCAUGAGCCCCCACCCACCUAUGAGGAAAGCUGCAGUAGCGCCAACUCCAGUUUCAACAGUAGACAGUAGAUAAGAAAUAGAUGGAUGAAGAAUUGUGGACGUGCCCACCUACGCCUGUUUGCAGUCGCCUCUAAAUGAAUCCAAACAGAGACAUGCUGGGUGAAAGAGGACGGAUGCUCCAAACGCCCCAAAGAUUGAUUCUUUCUCCUGCAAUGAGCAACAAAAAAAAGAGAUCAUUUCUUAUAAUGAAUAUAAGAAUUUAAAUUUUGCCUCAUGUCCCAGCAGAUAAUGUCAGGUGAACAUCACUGUGCCUAAAAAGAAAAGUAUUUCAUUUAGAAUAAUCAGUCAUUGGACACGUUUGUGUUUCUUUCCAACAUAUCGCUGCAUCUGUGAUGCCUUGAAACUAAUGUUGGUCACUGAUGGCUCGAGAUUGAUGAAAGCUUUCAGUCUGGCCUUUUUUGUGGUGGUGGGGAAUCCAAACAUGCGCUUGUUAGUGUGACUGCUGCUGUUUGUCGAUGUCUCAGCUGUCCUCAUCAUACAGGCAGAGCUGCCUUCAUGCUGGAUAUAAAGAGAGGAAUACACAGUCACAGGUACUCGUUUAUUUGUGAAACCAGUUAAAAUCCCAGUGUGAAGGAUGCUGCUGUGAUAAAUGCUUCUUUUUAUAGCAGAGCCUCUUUUUUUUUUUAAAUGCACAUAAUUAUUAUAAAGAUAAGUGGGUACUUAGAGAAACCACUAAGCUGAAUCAAUGAGUAAAAUAAUGAAAGGAACAAAUUCAGUAUAUUGAGCCUUGUUCCUCUGGUCUGCAGUGCUGUUUAUUCAUUGUAACUGUCUCGGUGAGUCGCCCAAUUCUGUAUUGAUGUCUGCCUUCUCUUGUGUAUAUUGGAACUAGAUGGCAUUUACCUUGAGGUGCUCAGGGCACCAAAAAUACAUUUUUAAAAAAAAGUCAUCAACAGUCACGAGCCUGUUACAGCCAACUAUAUCAGUUUGCAGAAGACAUCCAACAGGAGGCUCAUGAUGUAAACAUUAAAGGCCUCCACAACAGCUGGCUGUCAUCUUAGCUAGCCUCAUGGAUCAAGGAUGUUUACUUUGUCAAUGCAUUUCUGCAGUGAAGUUUGCUUCUUUUGUUUGGCGGAUGUAGACAAUAGAAAGAAAAUAGUUCCUACAUGAAACUGCUCAUGACGAGAUCGGUGUAUUUUAGUUGUGAUGUAGGUAUUGCUGCUGUUUUUCUCAGUGUUAUGGGCCAUUUAGUCGCCAUACAACUGUAGUGAGUUUGGUUUGUAGUGCUGGCAGUAAUUCAGAUCUGUUCCCGGUGGGUGUUGGCUGCGCUUUGUCACCAAUUCUGUUCAUAACUUUUAAGGACAGGAUUUCUAGGUGCAGCCAAGUGGUGGAGGGUUUCCAGACCUCAGGAUUACGUCUCUGAUUUUUAUACGCCCUCUGAAAGAUUGGACAUAUGUGAUUACACAUGGCGGGCGGGCUGGCAGGUGGGCGUUCGGGCGGCAUCCAUUGAAGUGUCCGUUCAAUAACUCGAGAACUGUCCGGCCUACGCUUAGCAAACUUCAUGGGUAGAUGGCUUAUGACCAAAACAAGGUUGAGAUUGUAUAUGCGGUCACCGGGGUCAAGGUCAAAUGGUUAAAUCUUUGUUUUAUGUUAGGUUUUUUCAUGUCCACUUCAUAUCCAAGAGAUGGUUUGAAGGAUUUUAAUGAAACCCGUGCAUGAUUAUUUUCCAUAACAAGACAUUAUGCAGAGAUCAACUCCUGGAAGUCAAAGUCAAGGUCACGUAAUUAUUAAAUCCUUGUUUUUCCAUGUGACAGCCAACAGGGUGAACACAGUGCGACAGACGUAUCUUGCCCCAUUAGGCGGUGCUGUUGUUGCAGAUGAUGUGGUUCUUCUGGUUUCAUGAGGUGGUGACCUCUGGCUUACACUGGGGUGGUUUGCAUCAGAACUGAGAAUUAGUACAUCUGAUCCUGAGGACAUUGGUCUCAGCUGGAAAAGGGUGCAGUACACACUUCAAACUGGGGAGGAGUUUAAGUAUCUUGGGGUCUUGUUCACAAGUGAGGGAAGAGUGGAGUGGGAGAUUGACAGAUUGGUGCAGUACCUUACCUGUUGUGGUGAAGAGAUAGCUGAGCGUAAGAGCGAAGCUGUCGAAUUACUAGUUAAUCUACAUUCCCACCAACUCACCUGUGAUCACAAGCUGUGGGUAGAAUGAGAGAGCAGACAUAAGCAGUGGGAAUGAGCUUUUGCUGAAGGGUGUCUGGGCUCUCUCUUAGUAGAUAGAAAGCAUGAGGAAGCUCAGUUACCUGGAAAGACUCAGAGGAGAGUUGUCACUCCCCCAAAAAGAGCCAGUAGAGGUGGUUCUGGCUUUUGAUUAGGAUGCCUCCUGGGUCCCUUCUAGGUGAGGUGUUUCGGGUAGGUCCUACUGGAUGGAGCCCCCCGGGGCAGAACCAGGAUAUGCUGAAGAAUCUGGGUGUCUCUAAUUAGACUGCUGGCUCUAUAACCAGGACACAGAUACGUGUCAGAAAAUGGGUGGAUGGAUGGGUGUGUUUUUUGUGUGUGUGUGCCAUUCAGUUCCAUUAUUUUCAACAGUAGGCAGACAUCUGCAGAGCUGAUCUCUCCAUACUGGGCAGCUCACACCAAAUCAAUCCUAACAGAUAAACAGCACUACAGACCUGAGGAAAAUCCAAUGCAAAUUAGAUUUCGAUGCGAACUGUCCCUUUAAUCAAAAGUGCUUCCACAAAGCAGUGCAGACAAUUUUAUUACACUGACUUUUCUUGUUAAAUUAAUUCU